UCCACGCCGACGACCUCAUGUGAAUUUGAGUCGCGUACAUACGUACAGCAGGUUCAUUAUUACAUCAGGCGGUCAAGGAGACGGACGUCUGGCCAGAACUGGCCACUGACCAUAUUCUACAUCGAAGGUUUACGAAAACCGUGCCAGACAUGAGUUCCUGUAUUUUCAGUAAUGGUCCCGCUUCUCUGCAGGGUGAAUUCUUCCCAAGAUGAAGAGCAGCUUGACAAUCAAUCUGGGAUGCUUUAUGGAGAAUAUCUGCAAUUAGAUAAGAUUCUGAACUCUCAGCGCAUGCUCAGCGCCAGAACCAACCAUCCUGUUCAUGAUGAACAUCUCUUCAUCAUAACCCACCAAGCCUAUGAACUCUGGUUCAAGCAGAUAUUAUUCGAACUGGAUUCUGUUCGAGCCAAGUUCAAUAGCGAGGACCUGGUUCUAGACGAAUCGCAGUCACUGGAAAUUUUGAAACGCAUGAACCGUAUAGUUUUAAUUUUGAAGUUAUUGGUAGAUCAAGUGAUGAUCCUAGAAACAAUGACUCCCUUGGACUUCAUGGACUUUCGAAAUUAUUUGUCUCCAGCAUCUGGCUUCCAGAGCCUCCAGUUUCGAUUGUUAGAGAACAAAUUAGGUGUUAAACAGGAGCAUCGGGUAAAAUACAAUCAGAAGUAUUCAUGUGCCUUUGGAAAUGACCCUGAAGCAAUGAAAGCUAUUGAGAAAUCUGAAACUGAGGCUCCACUAGCCGACUUGAUAGAGAGAUGGUUGGAGCGCACUCCAGGCCUUGAAGCAGAUGGUUUCAACUUCUGGGGAAAAUACAAACAGGCUGUUGGAACACUGUUGGCUAAACAGCACAAAGCUGCAGAGUCUCAAGUAAAUGAAACUGUGCGCCAACAUCAAUUCAUGGAUUAUGAGAAACGUAAGGAAAUAUUUGACUCAAUCUUCGAUCCAACAAUUCAUGCAGCCCUGGUAUCAAGAGGAGAGAGACGAUUCUCUCACAGGGCAAUGCAAGGAGCUAUUAUGAUCACAUUUUAUCGAGAUGAACCCCGAUUUAACCAACCUCACCAAUUACUCAUGCUGCUUAUGGAUAUUGACUCCCUUAUAACAAAAUGGAGAUACAAUCAUGUGAUCAUGGUGCAACGUAUGAUUGGUUCAGCACAGUUGGGAACAGGUGGUUCUUCAGGUUACCAGUAUCUACGCUCCACACUCAGUGACCGUUACAAAGUGUUCUUGGAUUUGUUCAAUUUAUCAACAUUUCUGAUUCCACGUGGAUAUAUACCUCCUCUAACACGGCAUAUGAAGACCAAGCUGUCCAUGUCAAGAGAUCUGAUAGGAAGCUGGAAUGAUACUACAGGAAGUGAAGAAAUUGAUAUGGCUCUUGAGAGAUCUGUAGAGGCGUCUAUAUGACACAAUUUUAAUGUAUAGUUCAACAGAUGAGCAAUUUUGUUGAAGAUCAGUUCUACAGUGCUGGAUUCAACAUGGACUUGGUCUUUACACUUGAAUCAUUGUCGUAAAAUGUGUUCUUUAGGGUGUUUAGAGACUAAAGGAAGACUUCCCUCCAUUGGAGAACUGAAAAAAGUGCAUUUGCAUUAUCCAGUGGUGCUGAUAGGAUAGUAAUUAGUAGAAGAAAUUAAACCUACUGAUGGACCAAAAUCAUAAGUAUACUCACUGCUCAUCUUAAUCAAUUUUAUUAAAACUACCAGAUUACAAACUCUUUUUGUCCUGGUGUCAAAGUGUAGGUCUACACAAACUGCAGACCCAGUGCCUUAAUUUACACUGACAGCCUUGCUCAUGACUCAGAAUCAGAACAGUUAUUGUACUUACAAAUGUUUCUUGCUCACAAGUUCUGAAACCUUCAUAUAUGUACUGUAUAAUGUCUGAACAAUAUAAGAUUAGAAUUUAUGUCAGCAGGCACAGUGUUUAACCUUAAAACACAAAGAUCCUUUUUCAUUACUAAGCAAUCAGCACUUACAUAUCCUGAGUCAACCAAUGGGUUCCAUUUUAUAUGUUAAUAAUUAAACAAUUUUCACAACACUCAUUAGAGAACCUAUUAAAUGUAGUUUUUUGAAGCUCAGUAUGGUGGAAAAUCUGUGUAAAAUAUGAAAACUUGAGGGAAGUACAUUAAUUUUCCUUAGGAUAAUGUAAAACAACAUGGUGUGCACAUGAGAUAUUUUAAUGUGAUGAUGAAAAACGAAGCACUGUAACAUUAAGUGUGAACUUAGUAUGAUGACAUGUUAUAAGCACACCUUCUAGCAGUGGCAAUGGUAAAAGUUCUUCAGAAUUCUACUAACAAACAGCAACAGUAAGUGCUUGAAAUACCUGUGUUGUUUAGACAUAUGUUGGUGCUUAGAUUAUGUACUGUUGGUAGUACUGUAGGAAAGAUAAAGGAUGAAAUAGAAAAAAUAACUCAGAGGCAAUAAUGACACAGCAGAACAUGACAUUCAACAGUCAUAAACUAGUAAUGAACAAACACAGGGAAGGUAUAAAAAUGACAUUCACUUGAAAUGAAACAGGAUACAGUACUGGUAAUUUAAAUGUAGUUUUGUUUCUAUACUCAAAAAUUUUGUAACUCUCUUUUAACUAAACAUACAUUUUUUUGCUAAUACAGCUUAAUGUGCAACAGAAGAAUAUAAAAAUAUAUUCCAAAAUUUCACCCCUUUACUAAAACUCAUUACAAAUCAUUCCUCAUACUUCUUCCCUGUCCAAACGUAUCACAUCAGUAUCUGUCUCACAAUAUUUAUUAUUUUAUUAUUUACUAGUGAAAUUUCCCAGUCUUUGUCUUGGCGUUCUUAAAAUAAACUGUCCUGAAAUAAG